CUGAGUUGAGGCGUUGUCUGUUGUCAUCCACUUGGAUAAUUCGACGAGCGCCACCGUCGAACGAGGUUGACAAGGAACAAUCGAGGAAUGGACGAACUGGGACGAAAGAAACCAACUCACGGACGACAACAGGAGGAGCGUUCUGGAUAAGUGGCAUCCAAAAGUGCACCCUUCUGCGAGAGAGCGAUGCGAAGUGUGGGUUUUCGUGUAACGAUUGAGGACACACAAUGUGUUUCACGGUUUAGUGAGUCCACGACACCGUUGCUUCUUCGAUGUUUCUGGAGUAAGAGUGAACACUUGCACCAGUUGAAGGGAUCGUGCAGAAAGUAUACUUGCUGAGCAGUGCUACUGCUAUCUGCACUACGCAAGAGAGAGAAUAUUCGCGUGACACUAAAGAUCGCAAGAGCAGAAGAGGAUUGAGGGAACAGAUAGCAAGGCUGUAUAGGGGGCGGAAGCAUUAAUGAAGUAAACGAAGCCAUACGUGCAAGGAGAAGAUUGAAGGUGGGCGGGGCAAUGGCGACGACAACCCAGCUGGCGAGGUGGUGGUUAGCUUUUGAACCGUGUAAUAUUGAGCUGAAUAAGUGGAAUGUCAAUUCCACCCAGAGACGAAAUCAACGCUUUGCACAACGCACUGGAACACGGCUAGUGUGUCAUGCAAAGGGAUCAGAGGCGGGUGAAGAGGCGGGCGGUCAGAAGAAGAAAGUGCUUGUAAUGGGCGGAACUGGACGAGUUGGAGCUUCGACACUUCGUGCAUUGGCGAAAGGUGGCGACCUACAUCUAAUUGUUGGCGGCCGCAACAGGGAGAAAGGAGAAGCGCUUGCACGAGAAUUGGGUGGCAGUGUGGAAUUUUCGGCUUUCAAUCUUGAAGAUGCAUCAGCAGUAAGAGCAGCCAUAGAUGGCGUAGAUUUGGUGGUGCACGCAGCAGGCCCCUUCCAGCGACGAGUGGAGUGUGCAGUGUUGGAGGCAGCGAUAGAUACCAAAACAGCAUACAUUGACGUGUGCGACGACCAAGACUAUUCGAUGCGUGCCAAAGCCUACCACGACAGAGCUGUAGCGGCAGGGAUUCCAGCCAUCACAACUGGUGGAAUCUACCCGGGAAUCAGUAACAUUAUGGCUGCAGAACUGGUGCGCUUGAAUGGUAAAGCCAAACGAAUCCGGUAUUCAUAUUACACAGCAGGGUCGGGUGGCGCUGGACCGACCAUUCUUGCUACCAGUUUUCUAUUAUUGGGAGAGGAGGCUAUAGUCUACGUGGACGGUAAAAUGCAGAAGAUGAAAGCUUACAGUGCCCGAAGAGACGUGGACUUCGGAAGAGGGAUCGGUAAAAAGCCUGUGUAUCUCUUGAAUCUUCCAGAGGUGAGAAGUACACACGAAGUACUGAAGGUUCCAAGCGUGAGUGCCCGGUUUGGAACAUAUCCCCAAAUUUGGAACAUUGCGAUGGGCCUUGUUGCUUCAUUGGUACCUAAGGACAUCUUGCAAGAUCAGCAGAAGGUACAGGGGUUAGUGCAGUUGUCGGACAUUGCAGUGCGGGCAGUGGAUGGCUUUGCAGGAGAGAAAGUUUCCAUGCGGGUUGACUACGAGGGUGAGAAUGGGAAAAAAGCAAUCGGUAUAUUUAGCCACAAAAUGCUUUCUGUAAGCGUUGGCAUGUCGGUAGCUGCAUUCGUCAGAGCAUUGCUGGAAGGUGCAACGCAACCUGGUGUGUGGUUUCCAGAGGAGGAGGGAGGUAUAGCCGAAUCAGCGAGACCGAAGUUGCUGGAGCGGGCAGCCGAAGGCACCUUGAACUUCGUCAUGAACAAGUCACCGUGGAUGACAGACAAGGACCCCAAAGAAAUCGGUUUUGGACUCUAUUGGGAGUGAGAAACCCCCUAUCCGAGGCGAAAUUAUCCGCGUUUUUCUUUUUUAUUUUUCCGUUUUCUGUCGGUUAUUCAACCUUUAGUGGCAGCUUGUCUCAUCCGGAAACCAAGUAAAUCAUAAGUGGAUGAAGAAGAAGAAGAAGAAACAUUAGCAUGCAUGAAUAUGCAGUUUCUGUGGUGAAGAGACAAGGCUCGUCUCUUUUGUGUCUGGCAAAGUAGCUUAUUCUCCAUUCUUAUUGCUCUCACCAGAGUUCAAUAUUCUUGGCCUGUCACGGUCUGUUCUGAUGCGCAGUUUCUCUACUCAAGUUAAAUGGGAAUAACUCGUAUAACUUUAUAUGUCCAAUUUCCUUUCGAGA